AGAUUAAGACGAAGAAUUAUUGCCAUGAGGUGGACGUUUUAUGCAGAAAUCGCGUCUUUCCUGCUCGUGACGAUUGUGAGUGGCGCAAUUAUCCCGGAUUCCAGUCUUCGAAAUCCCACUGCGUCCUUGCGAACAAUAAAUGAUCAACCGAGUGACGGAAUCAGCAGCAUUAUCAACAAUUCGAGCACAACAACGGCUUCGAGUGUUGAUCCCAUCAACACUGUUGUAGUGCGGACGGAAAUCUCGUCUUCAAGCACGAAGAACUCCAUUCGAAACGAAACUAAUUUAAUCUUCGAGAAUCCCAUUCGUCUCAAAGAAGGCCAUGGUGACGACUCGAGUUCCCGGGAGAAAACCGCAAAGUUUGCAAACUCGAAUGCUGACUCGAACAUUUUGCCGGAAGCAGGAAAUGGGACUCGAACGGAUGCUGGGAUCCAAAGAACAAUAGACACUGUUCGUCCCUCAGUAACAUCCCUGGAUGAUUUUAAGGAAACUUUGGGAACUUCUGUUUCGAUGAGAAAAGCUUCCUCCGAUGAAACUGGAUCUUCGGCGGGAAUUUCCCAACAGUUCAAGCAAAUUCCGCAGCAGAAAAAUUCUUCCUUGCUGGAAAAUCACUUCUCUGCCACGAAAACCGAACUUGUGCCAUCAACAUCAUCGCUCGGUUCUUCAAACUUGACGGAUUUUGUAACUAAAGACUCGAACGCGAAUGAGAAAAACGUUUCCGGUGUUUCGGCCGAAAGAGUUCACGAGUCUUCAGAACUGAAAAACAGUUGGGUGAAAUCUGAAUCGAUUUUCCCGCAAAAUCAGACGAAAGAAGAUCAUAAAUCGAUGGCAUCAAACGUUUCAAAGCUUGCCAGUUCCGAAACUGGAAAUGGAAGCACAAAUGAGCCAAAAAUUUCUGAGAGGGUCGUCCAUGGAACAACGGAAAGCAGCAAUUCUUCAUUCAAAACCAGCCCAAGUCUGCCACGAAACAAAACCGAGAAAGUGGAGAAAUUCUCACCAAAUCCUGAUUUUAAAACGGAAAAUUCAAGCAAGAGUCAGAUCACAAUAUCUGGCAGUGUCGAAAGAGUUCACGAAAUUUCGGACAUCAGCGAAAGCUUUCUGAAAACCGACCAGUUUUUUGCAGAGACCCAGACCAAAAAUACAUCAAGUUAUGUUUCACCUUCUCGCAAACAGGAAAUAAUGGCAAAUGAAAGCAGAAGUGAGAUCGAAUUUCCGAACAGUUCAGAUGGAUUUCACGCGCCGUCAACUUUGCCCAACGCAUCUCUGAAAUCUGACUUAGCAAAUCAAACCCAGAUGAUUGGCGAUUCUUCCCAAAAUGCCUCAAAAUUUCCAGCAGCUCCGGCAUCAAAAAUUGCAACCAAAACUCAAAUGUUUCCCGAUUCUCCAGCAGAAAGAGUUCCCCAGGCUUCCAACACCAGCGAACCCUUUAAAAAAAUUGAAGAAACUUCUGUGCGAAAUGAAACCGAGAAGACUGCAAAUUCAUCGAGUGCUUCCGAGUUUCAACGGUUGGCAGCUGAAAAUACGAGCAGAACAGAAACAAAAACUCCCAGUGCUUCAGAAAAUGUUCACCAGACAUCCGGAAAUAACGGAAGUCUGCUGAAAAUCGACGAAAUUUCUCAGCAAAACCUGACAAAAAUGAUGUUUCUUCCUGAACAUCAGAGAAUCCCGGAAAUUCGUGUAAGCGGACACGAAUCUAUUGCUCCAAUUUCUUCUGUUGCACCGAUUCAAAAUGCAUUAGAAAAUAUUUCAGAUGGUUCAAGAAAUAUUCACGAAGCAGCUACUGAAAAAAUUGCGUCGUCUAAAAUGGACAAGAUUCCUCCGCAAAAUCAAACCGACGAAGUGCGAGAGAGAAUUUCUGAAAUCAGUCCACAUGAAUUCGUUCCUUCUUCAAACAUUACCACAUCACCAGCAUCUACAAACGCAAGCACAAGUGAAUUAAAAUUUUCCAGCAUUUCGGAGAGCGUUCGUGAGGCAUCUGAUGCAAACCGUCUGAAAACUGACCAAGUUCCUCUGCAAAAUCUGGAGCUACCGGAACAAGAAAGACUCCCGGAAAUUCGUGUCAGCGGACAAGAAACCAGUGCAUCAAACUUUCCUGACCUGCCAACAAAAAAUGUCUUAGAAAUCAAACCAACAUUUCCAUCAGACACACUGUCAUCAUCUCUGCAAACUGCUGAUCAGAUUCCCCAGCAAAAUCAUCCCCUUGAAAAAUUCGAGCUUCCCAAGCAGAGAAACCCGGAAAUACGCACAAGUGUACCUGAAACUGGUGCUUCGAACUUUCCAUCAACCAGAAGUGAAUCACAAUCAUCAUCACCGCUAAAUAUCCCUCCAAAUGAGCCAAAAUUGCCCAUCAGUUCAGUACGGGUGACGCCUGCUGUUGCUGCAAACAACGAACAUUUCCCAAAAAUAAACCAGCAGAUAGGGAACCUUGUGGAGGAAAGGACCCCGGAAACGAACCAACAGGAAGUGAUGAAUGAAACUUCACAGUGCUGCGGAAAUAGAGCCGGAAUCUCGCUCCCGAUCUCGACGGCCACCAUCAGAAAUCGGGACUCGUCAUCAGGACCUUGGGUAUCAAAUAACAGAGCUGUCGCACCAGUAGUGAAUUCCCCACGUGUGACGAAUGCCAGCAGUGACCAAGGAAUGCACUUGAGUAGUCUGGCAGAGGUUAGAAUAAGCUCGUUGCAGCAGCCAAUAUUCACCAGCAGCAGCGUGACUGAGCAACCUCUGUCGGGUCAUCAGGAAUUCCUGGCACCGACUGUCACGCGUCGACUGAGUCCCAUCACGACGACGACGACGACGAUUGCAACUCCGACUGACUUCGGGCAUUCUCCGGCAUUGCGACAAGGCCCCGGGUCGACAGUGUUGAAGCCUGGCGGCGAGAUUGCACCGAAGAUUUCGAAUCUCAUCAAUGUUCUCAAGGGUUCGAUUAGAGAGGGCACCGUGACUUCGCCCACUCGCGUCUUCGAUUUCCCAUUGACAAAUCAACCUGAAGGGUUCCCUGGGUUUCAGACCCGGGUUGGAGACUCGAGUCCGCCAGCAGCAGCUCUGGGUUCCACUUGCCAAACGUCGUCAACUACACGGUUGGGUGACAUUGAUGCAUUCGACGCAGACAACGAUUACAUGUUCAGCUGGACAAGAACUGCGCAGAAGUUCACUUGGACAGAAGCGAGAGAUUUCUGCCGAGCGAAUUGCAUGUACCCGGUCUCUGUUGAAGACUCUUUCAAGGCAGCAUUCCUCAAAGAACGCCUGGAACAUCACUCGCCAUGUUCAAUCAACAUCCCCACAUCCAAACCUCCUCCCCACAUGACCAAAAUCCACCCAAACACAUUCAAUCCACUUCAUAAUGGGAAACCAAGAAAUAAGCUGCAAAUUGAUGCCAAAAUCAAAGAAAAUACAGUGCAACCCCAUGAAUCUGCUGCUGUUGGCGGGAGAUUGGAUUCGAUCUGGACGUCUGGCAGACGGUGCGAUGUGAAUCUUUGCGCAAAAUCCGGGGAAUCGCCGUUUCUUUUUGACGGUUUGUGGACGUGGACUGAUUCCGGGGCUUUGCUGCAGAUGAACGAUGAGUUGGGAUUCAGCGAUUGGAUCCGCUCUGCUGCAGCAUCAGAUUCAGGAGACGCUGAUUGCUUGGCCCUAACGAGCCCGAGUUUGCGGUCUGAUUCUUUCUCGUCCUGGCAAUGGAUGCCGAGGUCUUGCAACAACGUCCUACAACCGGUUGUUUGCCAAAGACGAAGGCGGCCAUUAUUGGCAGGGGUUGAUGAGAGUGCCAAAACUCUUGCGAGGGUCAUGCUGGAGAAAUUUCUGGUCACUGCGAAGCCCUAUAUAGGGUAUCCCGCUUUCACGUGAUGAUGCACACAAGGCAUCCAUGGACAUUAUAUCGACUGUGUUCAUCUUUUCUCGGAAUUUGUAUUUGUGGUUUUAAUGAUGACGUGAUUGGAGCUUUUGUUAUAAUUGAAGAAGUUCAUCAUGACGCGUCAGGACUUGUUGAUUCUUUUUCAAAUCGAUCUAUAUUCAAGUUAUAGAUGAUCUCUUUGAGGCCGUCGUUGGACCCGAUUUUCCUUCGGAGAGAUUGUGGACGAGUUCCAGACUCGUUGUCUUAAUCGGAAAAUUUCGCAAAAAUUUUCUGCCCUAUAUUCAUGGAUUCGUCAGAGAAAAUAGGUGAACGACUCGGAGUGUAUAUCACCCAAUUCAAGAGAUAUUGAUUUUAUUGUUUGCAUUUCAUCGUACAGUAGAAACAAAAAGCAAAAAUGAUGUGCUGGGAUUGAAAAAAAAUUAUAUUUAUCAGCCCUGUCGUGACUUCGAAUGUAAAAAUUUUGGGGACUAAAAAAUGAUUACAUUAUUAAAAACGAAAUUCUCCUGCUGGAAAAAGUCUUAGUGGAUCAAAACAGGUGAAAUCUUUCCCCUUCGUAAUUAAUAUUUGAGACAUUUUUAAGAAACAUUUUUACUCACUGAAAAUUUUCCGCACACUUUUUUCAUCAAUCGCAGUGAGACUGGUAUGACUUUUAAGACGUGAAGCGUACAAGAAAAAUUGAAAUAAAUAUACAGGUAUGUGAGAAAAUUAAAAGAAUUGUGAGCUGUGAAAUUCUUCGUAAUAAUACGCCAUUCGUUAUUGAUAAAUGUGAAUAUCGUUUUAGGAUUGUCAACGAUACAUUUUAUUGAGGCCCACACAUUUCCAAGUUUAUUGGGAUACAAAAUCCAAAACUGCAAAACCAUUAAGCAGCAUCUACAUCAUUGGAAACAAAUUUCAGACAAGUUUUUUCCCUUUUUUGGCACGUUCUCAACACCUGUAUUUCUCAAAAUUUUUGAAAAGAAAUCCAUCAAAAUCCCCCCCCCCCCGUUAUUAGCGGAGAUUUUUGAAUGGGCAGGGAUCAUUAUCAAGAAAUAACCUUCGAGAGGUCGUAUAGAGGUUGAAAUAUUUUUGCCAAAUCAGGUCAAUUUCCUUCAGGAACUCGUUACCGCACUACAUCGUAUCAGCCGUUCCUAUCGCUAUUUAAAAUAGGAAAUUCGCUCUUAUCGCGGUGGAAAUAUUCAGGCUAUAUAUAUUGGUGCAGCACCCGGGUCCAUUCUGGAAUUCCCUCGCAAUGGAGUCCCGCUGUUUCAUUUCCUGAGGCUGAAACACGGACCUGCUUCCAUUAGGCACAUCCACUUUGCAGUUCCGCACUGUGUAUAUAUGGGACCCCUAGCAUGUACGUAUAGAGGGUGCGAUUCUUCCGGGUACACUAUUUCUCACGGGGCAGGGUUCCUUUAUGGAGCUUUUCGAAGUGUGUGAACUGUUGCGAUGAGGAGUGUUGUGGGCAUUGACUGUAUGAUGAGGAAAAGGG